AUGAGGCUCGCAUCAAUACCGAAGAGCCUCGCGGUGGGCACUGCCACGCUCUGGUUCGUGGUCGCAGCCGCGUUCAUGUUUGCCGGCCUCGUCCAGUCCGCAGCAACAUCAUCGGACAAGGCAACUCACGAUGGCUUGCGUAAGCUCACUGCAGCCAACUUCACCCUCACAAACCAAGGCGCCUGGUUGAUCGAGUUCUUCUCGCCCAAUUGCAUCCACUGCAAGCGUUUCGGUGCCACUUGGUCGGAGCUCUCGCAGAACAAGGAUUCCCUGCGCACCCAGUACCCGCAGGCUCCCUUCACUUUGGCUCAGGUCGACUGCCUCGCUCAGUGGGACCUGUGCAAGGAGCAGGGCGUCACAUUCUUGCCUCGCCUCACCAUCUAUCAGGACGGCAAGCAGAACGCCGAGGAGUACAAAGGCGACCGCAACUAUCCCGAGAUCUCGGCCUACAUCGACAAGUUUGCCAAGGAGUAUCGCGACAAGAAGGGCGUCGCCGAUGUACCCGUCGCUGCAUCGAUGGCUGCCACUGCAGCAGCGGCAGGUGCUACCGGCUCGGCCCAAGCAGGAGCAGAUGCUCCAGCAGCAACGUUGGCUACGCCUUCUGCAUUGUCACCGACGACUCCAACCGACGCCGCUGCUGGCAGCGUUGCCCAAUCCUCCUCCUCCUCCUCCUCUUCCUCCGCAAACCCCGCUUCUGCCGUCGAGGCCAUCGAAGAGAUCUUGCCGUCGGGUCCGAAUCCGAAGGGGCAGCUCAUCAGCUAUGGUUCUGCUCCUGUCCAGAACAAGGAGCAACUCGCAGCCUGGCUCGGCAAGGCAUCUGGCCAAGGACCCACGUUUGUCAAAUUCUUCGCGCCCUGGUGCCCUCACUGCAAAGCCAUGGCUGCCGCUUUCAAGCAGCUCAGCGAGUCGCUCAAGGGCAGAGUCAAUGCGCUCGAGGUCGAUUGCGAGGCCAACCGUGCGCUUUGCGCAAGCUACGACAUUCGCGGCUACCCCGUCCUUCGCCUGUACGAUCAGGGCAACGUCAAGGAGUACACCGGCGGCCGAAACCACGAUGCUAUGCUCAAAUGGGUGCUCAAGGCCGUAUCGAGCUCGGGCCUCAAGCCUGUCAGCUCCAGCGCAGACCUCGUCGGUCUGGCUAAAGAGAACGAGGUGCUGUUCCUCUACCUCCACUCGCCCGGCACUCCCGAAGACGAGAUCCGCGCCGUCGAGACCGCCAGUCAGACGCUCUUUGGCGCGCGAGCUCCCAUCUUUGUAUCCUCCGAGCCGGUUCUGCUGGACCGGUAUGCGAGCUCGCUGGCCCAAGAUCGCACCGUGUCCGUCCCUGCCAAGUCUGGCUUGCUCGUCUUCAAAGAUCACUCGGUAGCUCAGCCUGUCUCGAUCCUCAACCCGUCCAACCUGCGCGCUUCCGAUUCGACCUCUGGACAGGCCGUCUACUCGGAGCAAGCCGAUGCCAAGAUCGCUGCAUUCCUGUCGCGCGAGCAGUAUUCGCUCGUCACCGAACUCACGGCCGCCAACUUCGAGGAGAUCGUGCGCAACCGGGAUGACGCGCUGGUCGUGCUUGCGGCGCUCUCCGACACCUACCACGGCUCGGAACAGGCCAACAAUGCUGAUGAGGGGAUCGCACUCAAGGAAGUCGAGAUCUCUGCCCUGAAAUCAAAAGCACUCGACUGGAGGCUCACGAAGGCAUCCACAUCGACUCGACCCGUCGUCUUUGCAUGGAUCGACGCAGAUCGAUGGAAGUCGCAGCUGAGCCAACUCUACGGCAUCGAGGCUACCAAGGCGCCCGCUGUCGUGCUGGUCGAUGGCAACAAGAUGCAGUAUUAUGAUCUGCCAUAUCGGUCCGCGUCCGGAUCUUCGGCGAUAAACGCACAGGAGUGGAUCUCGAACGAUAUCUUCGCCAGCAUCUCGGACGCCAUUCAGGGCAAGACUCCACCCAAAUCAUCACGAAGUCUCUUCCAGAAAUCUGUGCGGGGUGCCGGCAACUACGCCAACGCCUUUGUCGAUAUGUGUGUCGCACAUCCGAUCGCCGCCUUUGGCUUUGUCUUUGUCGCGAUGGGUGCUCUGUUCCUCUACCUUGGGCGGGUCAAGUCGAGCUCAGCUUCGUCGCUGCCCCUGUACUCGAAAGUGUCGACGGUCAAGGCAGACUGA